CAUUCUGCGCGUGCGUAUUAGGAUAGCGCUCCCUUUUACAACAGAACGUCUAAAUGCUGUUGUACAAGUGAUGUUCUCUCUUGCUGUGAGUGUCACUAGGUCCGAUUCUUGAGUCUUAGUCACCGGCUGUAGAAAUCAUGGGCGAACCAAAAUCGUAUCUAUACGCUAUUCUUGGUAAGAAAAAUCGUCAGCCCCAAUAUGUGGAGCGUCAGACUGGGAGCAAGCACAAACCAAGAUUCAUAUCAGAGCUAAGUGUCGAAGGAUACAACUACAAGGCAAUUGGAAAUUCUACAAGUAAGAAAGAUGCACAGACUAAUGCAGCAAAAGAUUUCCUAAGUUUCCUUGUACGAACGGGAGAGCUGCAACAAUCUGAAGUACCGUCAUUUGCACAAAUACUACCACCACCACCAUCGUUUGGCAAUCAAGGACAUGCAGGCUUUGCUACCUUACCUAGUGGCAUGGCCCCACCUCCUCACAUCGCUCUGGGGUUGGAUGCAGAUGGUACACAAUCCGGUGACAACACUCAAGAGUUGAUGCCGUACCAGAGGGGACCCCCGCAGGCAUACCUUGAUCAGCUGUCGGCAAAGAAGGUCGAAGACUCCGAAGAUCUGGAUUUGAAUGCUGGUAUCCAUGGCAAUUGGACCAUCGAGAAUGCCAAGGGUCGUCUGCACACCUACCUGCAGCAGACUAAGCAGGCGGCAAACUACGUGUAUAACGCGAUCGGUCCUCACCACAACAGGAGCUUCAUCUGUGAGUUAAGCAUGUACUUGAAGAAGAACAAUAAGAACAUUUGUGCGAGGGAGGCUGGAUCGAGUAAGAUCACAGCCUCAAAGUCAUGUGCUUUGUCGCUCGUUCGCCAGAUGUUUCACAUGGGUGUCGUCGAACCCUACACUGGCACCACCAAGAAACUCGAUGUACAACAGCUGGCUACGUUUGAGGUAGGUCUACCCCCAGAGCUGGAGGCUGAGAUCGACACACUGCUAGAGGGCUACAACAUCCAGCCAGUACCAGAUAUGAAGGGUGAGAGUGCAGAGCCGAUCAACCUGAAGGUUAGCAACGUCGUGGAGGAGUUUGAACACUCGGAGGGACCGGCGUAUGGUAAUGUCGUCUCGUGGUCGCCGCCGCAACAGAACUGGAACCCGUGGAGCGGAUGUAACAUUGAUGAGGGUCCAAUGGCACACGCAUCCCUAGACGAGCUCUCAGGGCAGAUGCGUAAUGAGCUGCAACGGCAGCGUGACCAUGAUACGCACCUGCAGAGGAUGAUGGUGGAGCGAGAGAAGCUGCCUAUAUUCAAGGUGCACAAGAAGCUUCUGGACACCGUCCAAGCAAACAGCGUUGUCAUCAUCCGCGGCGCGACGGGCUGCGGCAAGACCACGCAGGUUCCGCAGUUCAUCCUCGAUGCGUACAUCGAGAGCAACCAGGGGGCGCACUGUAACAUCAUCGUGACGCAGCCUCGCCGCAUCAGCGCCAUCACGGUGUGCGAGCGCGUGGCGGACGAGCGCUCGGAGCACGUCGGCAUCACGGCCGGCUACAGCGUGAGGUUUGACACGGCCUUCCCGCGGCCGUACGGCGGAAUCAUGUUCUGCACCGUUGGCACGCUGCUGCGUAAGUUGGAGAACGGACUGCGCGGCGUGUCACACGUCAUCAUCGACGAGAUUCACGAGCGAGAUCUCAACACAGACUUCCUCAUGGUGCUCGUGAAAGACAUGGCGAAGAUGUAUGCAGACCUGAGAGUGAUCCUGAUGUCGGCUACCAUCGAUACGUCCCUGUUCUCCGAGUACUUUGGGAAUUGUCCGAUCAUGGAGGUCUAUGGACGUAGUCAUCCCGUGCAAGAAUACUAUCUGGAGGACUGCGUGCAGAUGUUGAAGUUUAAUCCGCCGCCAUCGAUAAAGAAGCGCAAGACCCGCGAUGACUACGAUGAUGACGACGUUCCCACGGCAGCGGUCACCGAUCCCGAUGUGAAAAAUGAAGACUUGAACAUAAUAAUCGGCGAAGGUUACAACAACGAGACGAAGGCUGCGAUGUCACAGAUGUCAGAGAAAGAGCUGUCAUUCGAACUCAUCGAGGGCCUGCUGACCUACGUUCGUGGACUUGAAGUCUCAGGGGCUGUGCUGAUCUUCCUACCCGGAUGGGCGCUGAUCUCGCUGCUGCAGAAGCACCUGCAGCAGCACCCGGUGUUCGGCACGUCUAGUUUCCUCAUCCUGCCGCUGCACUCACAGAUCCCGCGAGAGGACCAGCAUCGUGUGUUCGAAAAGGUGCCACCGAACGUCACGAAGCUGAUCCUGUCCACGAAUAUCGCAGAGAGCAGCAUUACCAUCGACGAUGUCGUGUUUGUCAUUGACUCAUGCAAGCAGAAGAUGAAGAUGUUCACGGUGCAUAACAACAUGACGAACUACGCGACGGUGUGGGCGUCGAAGACGAACCUGGAGCAGCGACGGGGUCGCGCGGGCCGCGUGCGACCCGGCUUCUGCUUCCACCUGUGCAGCAGGGCGCGCUUCAACGCGUUGGACAACCACACGACGCCGGAGAUCUUCCGCACGCCGCUGCACGAGCUGGCUCUCAGCAUCAAGCUGCUUAACCUCGGAUCCAUCCCCGAGUUUCUCGCCAAAGCCAUCGAGCCGCCGCCGCUAGACGCCGUCGCCGACGCAGAGAGCACGCUCCGAGAGAUGAAAGCGCUAGACAAGCACAAUGAACUGACACCUCUGGGUAAGAUAUUGGCACGAAUGCCUUUGGAGCCUCAGCUGGGGAAAAUGAUCAUACUCGGCUGCAUAUUCUUCAUCGGCGACCCCAUCGUCAUUAUCGCGACGAUGUCCACCUUCCAGGACCCGUUCCUGAUGGUGGCGGGCCGCGUGGUCGGAGCUCACCGCUACCUCGCCGGCUCGCGCCACAGCGACCAGAUAGCCAUGCUCAACGCGUUCUACGGCUGGGAGGAUGCCAGGGAGGGUGGUGAACAGGUGGAGUCGACGUACUGUAAUGCGAAGGCGCUGAACAUGUCGAUCCUGCGCAUGGCAUACGAGGCGCGCCACCAGCUGCGCGAGAUCCUCAGCAACGCCGACUUCCCUGAGCAGUGCCUCAUGCCGCUCGGCUUCAGCGUCGUCGGACCCGACGCCGGCCUCGACAUGGUGAGGGCGCCACUGUCGCAUUACCAGUUUACCUUGCGUGUGUAGGUGGCACACCUGUGUAACAUUGGACAGCGGUCCUGGGUGGCCUCUGCGUUGACGAUGGGACUCUACCCGAACGUCUGC